CGUCGUCGUCGUCGUCGUUGUCGUCGUCGUCGUCGUCGUCGGCGAUGCCGCGGUGGUAGUGUCGGCGGAUAGUGGUAGUGGUAGCGACAUGAAGAGGAGGCAGAAAGAGGGCGGAAGAGCAGGAGGUGUAACGACAGAGGUGGCGUAAGCGAGGAGAGAAUAAAGGGAGGAGGAGGAGGAGGAGGAGGAGGCAGAAGCGUCGACGGGGAGUUGGAUCGCCGUGAAAGAGAGGGAGAGAAGGAGUGAGGGGAUGGUGGAGAAGGAGGAGGAGACGCGAAGGACAGGAGAAGCCUCCUCCGCGCCGUGUCGGAGGACAGAUCCGACGCGCGUCAGGAUCCCAGCCGGACGGAGACCGAUCAACCUCCUCGCUCUCUUCACCGCCGUCGGAUAAGAGGAAGGAGAACACGCAGACUCCUCUCCCGUGUGUCUAUCCGUCGUUGGUUGGUGUCCGGGUAUAUACGCGUAUAUCCGGCAUGCGUUCCAUCUUCUCCGAGGGCCACCUCCGCGAGCCUGCGAUCUUCCCUCGAGGCGAUCGGCAGUCGAGAGUGUGAGAGGCGACAGCUCGCGCGCCCGCGACCACGAUCCAGGAUCGACGUUCCGGGGGCGGGAGGGGUGGACAGUGCGAGGUCCGAUCGACAGGAUAAUAAAUCGGUGCAUAAACUCGCAUGGCUCGGAGCAUCGUCAGCGACGUUCUUACAGUUAGUGUUUUGUUUUCGAGUUCGCCAGCCGUCGUGCAGCGAUGAGAUCCAAGCCGGUGGCGAGGAGACUGGCACAGGGAAGCAGCGACGAAGGCGAGGCGACGUCGGGAGCGACAGGCGGGGGUGGCAGCAACGAGAACGCAGAGAUGGAGGAGAACGAAUCGACUCGCACGAGCAGCAACAGCAGCAGCAACAACAAUCCCGUUUACAGAGACCCGAGAUCCCUUCAGGCCCCUGGCGGCGCGCACGAGGUGUCCCAGGAUUACAAUCAGCAAUCGAGGACCACCGCCUAUCAGCAACGCGGUUACUCGCCGGGGAUGGAAUUGCGGCAGCGCAAUUACGAGAAGGAGCAUCCGCCCUUGACCUCUUCCAAGGAGGAGGAGAGAAAAUCUUCCUGGGAUUACGGCGACAGGAACGCGCGGAAGGAAUACUCGAGAUCGCGGGAUUACAGCAACGAGUAUCAGGACACGAAGCAGGAGAUGAAGCAGGAGAUAAAGCAGGAGUCGAAGGAUCACUCGAGUCGCGAAUGGGUAUCGCCGAUCCCGGAGGUCGAGGUCGGCGGUUCGGCACCCGGUGGCCCGUGCGUUCGCGCACGCAAGGACAUCCCUCGCGGCGCGAGAUUCGGUCCGUACCUCGGCAAAUGGGCAGGCGAGCCUUUCAACCCCCGUUACGCGUGGGAGAUUUGCAUAGCGGGCAGCGGAGUGAGGGGCUGGUUGGACGCAUCUCACGAGACGAACAAUUGGCUGAAAUACAUUCGAAGUACUGCUAGUCCACACGCGGUAAACAUGCGCCACGUGCUCAUCGGCGGUCAGAUGGUGUACGAAACCAUUCGCGACAUCGCAACGGGCGAGGAGCUUCUUCUGGGUCUUCGGGAGCCGCUUCAGCUGCAGGACAUGCUGGGUGAGAAUACAGCCGAGGACAGAAGCGAUCGAGAGACUGCUUCGCAGCACAGCGGAACCGUCGACGAGGACAAGGAGGACGAGGAGGAGGGAGAGACGAGAUGCACCGUCUGCGACAAACCGUUCCAAGAUAUUGAACUAUUGGACAGUCACUUGGUGACUUGUCACAGAUACCCAGCGGAGCAGCACCGUUGCGACAGCUGUCCUCGUGCUUAUGCCUGGCGGCCGCUUCUGGUGCGGCAUCGCGCCAUUGUUCAUGGCGAUCUAAGGAACUAUCCCUGUGAGAAUUGUCCGAAGUCGAACAUCCGGCAGGUCUUCACGGACCCGUCCAAUCUACAGCGCCAUAUCAGAACGCAUCACGUGGGUGCCAGGAGCCACGCUUGCACGGAGUGCGGCAAGACCUUUGCGACCAGUUCCGGACUGAAGCAGCACACUCACAUCCACAGCAGCGUAAAGCCCUUCCAGUGCGAGGUCUGCUUCAAGUCGUACACGCAGUUCUCGAAUCUAUGUCGGCACAAGCGCAUGCACGCCGACUGCCGCAUGCAGAUCAAAUGCGUUAAAUGCGGACAGUCCUUCAGUACGGUAACGUCGUUAUCGAAGCACAAACGAUUUUGCGACUCCACGACUCCGACCGGUCCGCCCGGAGCUAUGCCGCAGUUACCGACACCAACGACUAAUCCCUUCCUGGUGUAUCCACGACCUCCCGUGAGCCUGCCAGGCGGUCUACCCUUCUAUCCACCUAGUCUGAUGGCUCCUUAUCCGGGAAUCUUUCCAAACGCUCCAAAUUUCCUGAAUACGCCUCUCCUCUUCCCACCAAAAAUCGAGGAAGCUGAGAAAAGGAGCGAGAGUCCUUUUCCCAAGAAGGAACGAUUUACUCCCCCGAGGGUACUGUCACAACACAAUAAGGUGUCUCCUUCUACGGCGGAGGAAGCCACUUCUACCUUCAGGCCGUCUCCGGCUAGACCUCCGGUUCAACCGACUCCAGAGAGCGACGACGAUCUGUCCAAGAGGAGAGAAGCCGCCAGAAACAACGAGCGAAAAACAAAAGCCGAGAGCGCGUCGAACGUCUCAAAGGAAGAGACGACGGAACAGCCUUUGGAUUUAAGGGUGCAGACCAGGAAGCAAGACGCCAGUUCGAGAGCUUCGAGCAGAAAGAGUUGCACACCAUCACCGGCAUCGAUGCCGAGGGAGGAGACACCCGUGUCGCCUGAUCCCCCGAAGCCGGAAGAGGACACCGCUGCUCCGACGCCCAUGGAAAUCGACUCCAAGGAAGUCCCCAAUAGUCCCCAACAAUUAAGGACCAGUCUGCCGACCGAACAACCGCCGACUAAUACGCCCCCACACAUGGCUUAUCCCAGACCGAUACAUCCGAUGUUCCUCGAGACAAUGUAUCGCGGUCCGACAGGGACCUUUCCGGGGUUUCCCGGUGCGCCCCCACCCCCCGGCGCGGGGGCCCCGGAGUCCAGACUGAUUCCCCCGCUGCCACCUUUCGGUCCACCGCGCGGGCUUCCUUUUUUAGGCUCGCUUAUGAACGGGCUCAGCGGCGCUAGGCCAGGAAGUGGCUUCGAUUUGCUCGCCCGGCCGCCGCUGAGCGCGUUCCCCGGAGUGAAACCAUUUCAGGAGGCCGUGAUAGCGCCCCAUCACCACCAUCAUCAUCAUCAUCAUCAUCACGUGCAUGGCAAGAUGAAGGAUCGUUACUCCUGUAAAUUCUGCGGUAAGGUGUUUCCCCGCUCGGCCAAUCUCACGAGGCAUCUGAGGACGCACACUGGCGAGCAGCCGUACAAGUGCAAGUAUUGCGAGCGAUCCUUCAGCAUCUCGAGCAAUCUGCAGCGACACGUUCGGAACAUUCACGACAAGCAACGGCCGUUCAAGUGUCCGCUCUGCGAGCGGUGCUUCGGCCAGCAGACCAAUCUGGACCGGCAUCUUAAGAAGCACGAGGCCGACGAUGGCAGCGGCGUGGUCUCGGUCGCCGACUCGCCCGGCAGUAGCAACGAGAACGAGCGGGAGGACACGUACUUCGACGAGAUUAGAUCCUUCAUGGGCAAGGUCACCUACGGCGGCGAGGGUGGCUACGGGUUGCCCCAUCAUCCGGCUUAUAUUCCCAGUCGGUUACGAGAGAUGAACGAGAAUAAGAUGGUCGAGUACGACGAGGAUGAGGAUAGCGAGGAGGGCGCGUCUCCAUUGGAGGAGACAGACGGAAUGUCGCCGAUCGAGGCUAAGGAGUCGCCGUCACCCUCGCUUCACGACCUGAAGCUUAGGGAGAAGCAGGAGCUGCUCAAUAACAACACCGCGGAGCCGGUGAUCGAGAUCUCGACAUAGCCCAGAGGUCGAAUCGGGUGAUUUGAGCCUCGAAGGACGGGGGAAGCUUGUUUUCCCUUAAUGUACAGAACCGUUUGCGAGUAACCGUACCGCCUCAGGACUGCCGAUCUUGACGGCGUUACUUCGAGAUAUAACGCCCCGCUAUAGCGCUGAAUUAUCCCACCUUAGAACGGUCCGCCGUACUUUGCACUUUCACGAGACAAACGUAUUUUCAAGUUACAUAAUCGGGUUAUUCACCGCUAUGACACCGUAAAUCUCCAUGAAAGACAGCCGACAGUGAUAAUUAUAAUUACGCGUUAGUACACUCAUUCCGGAGAAGUUUCCAAAGAAUAUAAUCACGAAGAAUUAAAACCUUCCACAGUUAUACUUAUAAAACACGUGCAUUAAAAAAAAAAAUGUAAAGAA